AUGUCACAUGGUGCCCCACGUGCAAAUGAGGCUUAUCAGCAGUCGAUCCAUACUUUGAAUCCAUCAAUUGUACCAGAUCAUGAAAAUGUCUAUGCACCAUUCAUCUCUAAGAUGGAUUGGGAAAUAGCACAAUGGGCAAAGCUGCGAGGACCAGGCUCAACCGCAUUCUCUGAGCUCCUGGCUAUCGAUGGGGUUGCUGAUGCACUCAACUUAUCAUUUAAAAACACUCCCGAGCUCAAUCGUAUCAUCGACAACAAGCUACCAAGUAAUCGCCCCCCAUUCCUUCGUGAUCAGAUAGAAGUCGCAGGCCAGUCAUAUGACGUCUACUAUCGGGACAUCAUUCAAUGUGUCAGAGCCUUGUUUGGCGACCCAAACUUUGAUCCCAAUCUCAUCUUGCAGCCUGAACGGCACUAUACAGAUUCAAGCAAGCAGAAACGUGUGUACCAUGACAUGCACACGGGCAUGUGGUGGUGGGAUACACAGGUUGAUCUCGAGGCAGCAAAGCCUGGUGCUACAAUUGUUCCGCUUAUCAUCUCUUCGGAUAAGACACAGCUUACACUCUUCCGAAACAAGUCAGCCUAUCCCAUUUAUCUGACAAUUGGCAAUAUUCCCAAGCAUAUACGUUCGAAGCCAUCGAAGCAUGCUCAGAUACUCCUAGGUUAUUUGCCGACUGCUCGCCUUGAACAUGUUCGAGGAGAUGCAAGCCGCCGUCGAGCACUAGGAAAUCUCUUUCAUGGUGCGGUUGCAAGAAUCUUGGAGCCCAUCAUUACCUAUGGCGAAACAGGGAUCCCUAUGACAAGAGCAAGUGGUGCUAUCCACAGGUGUCAUCCAAUCUUUGCAAUUUUUGUUGGUGACUACCCAGAGCAGUGCGCAGCUACUGCCACAAAACACGGACACUGUCCUAAAGGCACAACCCCUCAUGAUCAACUGGGUGAACCCCCUCCACACAAUCCUACGGGUAAUCCCCACACCUCGUCUGGCUGCCCUAAACAUGAUAUCGAAGCCAUUCUUCAAGCACUCGAGCUCUAUCCACGUGAUCCAACAGGUUUCGUUCAUGCAUGCAAUCAUUUAGGCAUCAAACCAGUAGCGCGGCCUUUCUGGAAGGACCUUCCAUAUCACAACAUCUAUGUUUCAAUCACCCCAGACAUUCUCCAUCAGCUGUAUCAAGGUCUCAUAAAACAUCUCAUCGCAUGGCUCAAGGAGAUAUUCGGUGCGCACGAGAUUGAUGCACGGUGCCAACGGAUGCCCUUAAAUCACUGCACACGGAUAUUCACCAAUGGUAUCACCUCACUCAGCAGAAUCACAGGAAAGGAGCACCGUCAAAUUUGUGCCAUACUCCUUGGUCUCAUCGUUGAUCUACCCCUUCCUUCUGGACAGUCACCAACACGUCUCAUAACUGCUACUCGUGCAGCCUUGGAUUUCCUCUACAUUGCACAGCUUCCUGUCCAAUCUGCAGACACUCUCACAGUUAUGCAAGACUCAUUGAAGAUAUUUCACUCAAACAAGCAGAUCUUUGUCGAACUUGGGAUUCGGAAAAAUUUCAAUCUUCCCAAGCUUCAUAGUAUGUCGCAUUACUAUGAAGGAAUCAUGAACUUUGGCACCACAGACAACUACAACACAGAGAUGUCUGAGCGUCUACACAUUGACCUCGCCAAAGAGGCAUAUCGUUCAACAAAUCACCGCGAUGAGUACCCACAGAUGACAGGUUGGCUCGAGCGGCGGGAGAAAAUACAGCGCCACAGCACACAUAUAUCAGCAAGAUUGAACCCUUUAGAUUCAUCAAGAGACAAUCAGGAAUCAUGCCUUCAUUUGCACCCGACAGCAUCUAAAUAUCCCUCAGUAAAGGCGGUCUCACUUGACUCACUGACAGACAACUACGGGACACAUGACUUCGGAGAUGCCCUUGCAGAUUUCAUCAUUGGUUACAAGAAUCCCUCAUGGUCAACCUCACAGAUACGUCAUGCUGCAGAAAAUCUGCUCAUUCCAUUUCGACGGGUUCCUGUGUUCCAUCAUCUGAAGUUUAGGGACAACAAUGGCAGCAUAUAUGAUGCUAUUGAUGCCCAGCCUUCACGCAAGAACACACGUGGACAACUGAUCCCUGGACGGUUUGACACUGUCCUAGUAAAGGAUGAGUCAAGAGCUGGACGCCACAUUCAUCCUUACCGGGUUGCUCAAGUCCGAGCAAUAUUUACACUUCCCCAACAUGCUAUUGAACGCUGGUUUCCUUCAAAUACAAGUCAUCCAGGUCCACCACCGCCAAAGCACCUGGCAUAUGUCGAAUGGUUCACACCCUUUGCAGCCAGGCCACAUUCAUCACAUGGAAUGUAUAAGAUUCGACGUUCCUACCAGAACAAUCGCCGGCUUGCAUCGGUGAUUGACAUACAGUGCAUUUACCGCAGUGUCCACCUUAUUCCAUGUUUCGGACCUGAAGUUCCCUUACAGUGGACCAGCUUCAAUGUCCUUGAUGAAUGUGACAAUUUUUAUGUGAAUUGCUUCACAGACCGGCAUACCUACAUCACAUUAUGUUGUGCCUUGGCCAGCAUCUCAUUUCUAUUCACAACAUCUCUUACUAUCAUAUAA